CAGAACCUGCCGCGCGCCCGGGGGUGGGGGAGGCGGCGCGGGAGGAGCGCGAGGGGACUGGACGGUGGGCUCGGUCCCCGCAGCCGAGAGCCUCGUUCCUUCGCCGCCCUCCGCCCUCUCUCUCCCGCAGCGGCGGCGAGCGCGGACCCACCCUCCGGCGGGACCUCUGCCCUGCCCAGCGACGCCGAGCCGGCGGCUCCCUCCGUGGCCCUGGACCAGCCCUGCGCCCGCUGUCCAAGGGACCCUCGCGGCUUCCCCUUUCCUCCCGGCUGCCCGGGCGCCGCGGGGAAGUGACCCACCCUCCCGCGAGGAGGGGGAAGGAGAGGAUCGCGCAGGGCGCACCGAAACCGAGAGCGGUCGAGUCGGAGUGGGCACCGCGCAGGGGCAUUGUGUGUGUGUGUGUGUGUGUGUGUGAGUGUGGGUGUGCGCGCGUGCAGCGUCGUGUCUGUCUAGAGAGCGCUCUGGGAGGUCCCGUCCCGAGGGGGCGGAGCGCAGGGGGCCGAGGCUUGGGCUCCGUGCCGGGGCAGAGUCCCGUUGAGCCCGAGCGCGACGGAGGCAGCCGGCGGGACGACGCGCCUGGCGGCUGGGCGGGCGCACUGAAGGGAGGCCGGGGCACCCUCGGCCCGGCCGCAGACCCUGCCCCGAGGUAUCGGCCUCGGCGGCGCGGCCCGCUUCUACUCACGUCCGCGGACCUGCUUGCGGGGAAGAAGCUCGGAGGCCGAGAGCCGGCGCGCCACGGAGCCCGUCCGCCCGGGGUGCGCCGCCGGAGAGCUAGGUCCCCGCCGCUGCGCGGCUGUCCGGCGUCGGCGGUGUCGGGAGCGCGCCCGGCCCGGAGCCGGAGAGGCGCGCACCAUGAGCGGCGGUGAAGUGGUCUGCUCCGGGUGGCUCCGCAAGUCACCCCCGGAGAAAAAGUUGAAGCGUUAUGCCUGGAAGAGGAGAUGGUUUGUGUUACGCAGUGGCCGUUUAACUGGAGAUCCAGAUGUCUUGGAAUAUUACAAAAAUGAUCAUGCCAAGAAGCCUAUCCGUAUCAUUGAUUUAAAUUUAUGUCAGCAAGUUGAUGCUGGAUUGACAUUUAACAAAAAAGAGUUUGAAAACAGCUACAUUUUUGAUAUCAACACCAUUGACCGGAUUUUCUACUUGGUAGCAGACAGUGAAGAGGAGAUGAAUAAGUGGGUUCGUUGUAUUUGUGACAUCUGUGGGUUUAAUCCUACAGAAGAAGAUCCCGUGAAGCCACCUGGCAGCUCCUUACCAGCGCCAGCUGAUUUACCGCUGGCGAUAAAUACAGCACCACCGUCCACCCAGGUGGAUGCCUCCUCAGCUGCUCCACCUCCUCCGUAUCAGCUAAUUAGCCUUCCACCACACCUGGAAACCCUUGGCAUCCAGGAGGAUCCUCAGGACUACCUCUUGCUAAUCAACUGUCAAAGCAAGAAGCCUGAACCCACCAGCCAAGGGUCAUCUUUUGUUUCUGAAGAAGGAGAGGAAUACCUACUGCUAGAAGAUUUUGAAAGCAAAACGAUUCCAUUGCAAACGCACGCUGAUUCUGCGAAAUCCACCCCUUCGGAGACAGACUGCAAUGAUAACGUCCCUGCUCAUAAAAAUCCUGCUUCCUCCCAGAGCAAACAUGGAGUGAAUGGCUUUUUCCAGCAGCAGAUGAUGUAUGACUCUCCACCGUCUCGGGCUGCAUCCGUUUCCGUAGACUCCAGCCUUUAUAACCUGCCCAGAAGUCACUCCCACGACGUCUUACCAAAGGUGUCUCCUUCAAGUACCGAAGCUGACGGAGAGCUCUAUGUUUUUAAUACCCCAUCCGGGACCUCGAGUGUAGAGCCUCAAAUGAGGCAUGUAUCUAUUAGUUAUGACAUUCCUCCAACACCUGGUAAUACUUAUCAGAUUCCACGAACAUUUCCAGAAGGAACCUUGGGGCAGACGUCAAAGCUAGACACUAUUCCAGAUAUUCCUCCACCUCGGCCACCGAAACCGCAUCCGGCUCAUGACCGAUCUCCUGUGGACACGUGUAGCAUCACACGCACAGCCUCUGACACUGACAGUAGUUACUGUAUCCCGACAGCAGGGGUGCCACCGUCCCGUAGUAAUACCAUUUCCACUGUGGAUUUGAACAAAUUGCGAAAAGAUGCUAGUUCUCAAGACUGCUAUGAUAUUCCACGAACAUUUCCAACUGAUAGAUCUAGUUCACUCGAAGGCUUCCACAACCACUUUAAAAUCAAAAAUGUAUUGACAGUGGGGAGUGUAUCAAGCGAAGAACUGGAUGAAAAUUAUGUCCCCAUGAAUCCCAACUCUCCUCCACGACAACAUUCCAGCAGUUUCACGGAACCAAUUCAGGAAGCAAAUUAUGUGCCAAUGACUCCGGGGACAUUUGAUUUUUCUUCAUUUGGAAUGCAAGUGCCUCCUCCCGCUCAUAUGGGCUUCAGGUCCAGCCCGAAGACCCCUCCUAGAAGGCCAGUUCCUGUUGCAGACUGUGAACCACCCCCCGUGGAUCGGAACCUCAAGCCAGACAGAAAAGGUCAAAGUCCUAAAAUUUUAAGACCCAAACCCCAUGGUUUAGAGCGAACUGAUUCACAAACCAUAGGUGACUUUGCUACAAGAAGAAAGGUCAAGCCAGCACCUUUAGAAAUAAAACCUUUGCCAGAAUGGGAAGAAUUACAAGCCCCAGUAAGAUCUCCCAUCACUAGGAGUUUUGCUCGAGACUCCUCCAGGUUUCCCAUGUCUCCCCGGCCGGAUUCAGUGCACAGCACGACUUCAAGCAGCGACUCACAUGACAGUGAAGAGAAUUAUGUUCCCAUGAACCCAAACCUGUCCAGUGAAGACUCGAAUCUUUUUGGCAGUAAUAGUCUUGAUGGAGGAAGCAGCCCAAUGAUCAAGCCCAAAGGAGACAAACAAGUGGAAUACCUAGAUCUAGAUUUAGAUUCUGGGAAAUCCACACCACCACGUAAGCAAAAGAGCAGUGGCUCAGGCAGCAGUGUAGCUGACGAGAGAGUGGACUAUGUCGUGGUUGACCAACAGAAGACCCUGGCUCUGAAGAGCACGCGUGAAGCCUGGACCGAUGGGAGACAGUCCACAGAGUCUGAAACGCCAGCCAAGAAUGUGAAGUGAAAACGCCGCUUUAACGUCUCUGAACAAAAGAGGGCCGAGCUGUAAGGAGAAAUCCUGUUUGACCGAAGAUAACUUGACCCUUGUACUCUAGGUAGAUCCUCAACGGAACAGAGUCGAAGUCAGAGGACCUUUCAGACUUAAUCAAGCCAUUGAGCGUGUAAAUGGUGCUUUGUGGUAUCUGAACAAUUCAUCACAUGUAAAUAACGUGGGAAAAUACUGUUGUUUGGUUCCCAGAGAAACAUUUGUUUCGUAGUUAACACACUUGUAGUAUUACUGUAUUUAUGCACUUUUUCAUUUAAAGCAUUGGUUUGGGUAUUCCCGAAUGGACCUUAACAUGAUUCUUUUGGGAGUUCUUGUUUUUCCUCACACUACUCUUAAGAACAAUGCUACGUGAACUAAGCUACUUUCCACUGGGAAAUUGCUCUUUCAGCUGCAGGGUAACAACGUGACGUGAGAAGUAGAUUCACAAUAUACCUUUCUACCUGAAACUUAACGGCGUAACCGUUAGCUUAAACUACAAAGUAGAGUUGGACUCAUCAUUCAUUGCCUUCUAAAAUGCUAAGCAUCAUGUACCUGCUGGUGUCAGGACUUUGUUCUCUGGUUCAUGGACAUUUGGUUUUCAGUGGUGGAACUUUCUUAUAUUUUGUUAAUUACAGUGUUUUGGGCUCAUUAAGUGAAGAUUCUGCCAGGUGGGAUCUUACACCUUGGAAAGAGUGAAUAAUCACACUAUCAAGUAAGCGUACAACUCACUGAUGGCAUGUGGUGACGAUGUGCUCUCACAUUUUCAACAUGUAUUAAACUUUACGUUCUUUGCAAAGUGUAGAUUAUAUAACUAAUCAGGUACGUACCAGGCACUGAUGUGCUAAUACACUAAUCAGGUUUAGACAGUGAGCUUUAGUUGUAUUCGUGUUAGUCCUCUAACGCUGGUUUCCAGUUUGGAAUUAAUGGCACAAUUGACAUUCACUGUUAGUUAUAGCAACAUACUGUGAUUUUUAAUUAGACAGUCAUUCAGAUUUAUUACUCUAAGAAUGAAAUUCUGUCUUUUGACACCAUAGUGCCCUUUCUAUGAUUUUUUUUAAACUUUACUUAAUAUUCUUCUUGGCCUUAUCCUAUUUAAAUCCCUAUGCAAUUAAUAUUUUAUAUCUGCAUUUUUUAAAAAAAAUAGAUGUUAUAUAAGUGAUUCUCAUAUGUAGCACCUAUUGCUUUACCAGUAAAAGAAUUAAGGAUUUUGUACUGUGAUUUAUAUUCACUGCCCCAAUUCAAGAAAUAUUGGAGCCUUGCUAUAAUGUGAAUGAAGUCUUAUAGUCACGGACCUCUUCCAACCAGAUUUGUGAAACCACCAGAGGUAUCGUAUAAUUCUGUCUCACCUAUAACAUGGUCCUAUAGCAAGACCACACAUUAUCUAUAGUAAGGCUACAAUUUAUCUGUCUUGGCUUUGCAAUGUAAUUUAGAAAGCAGGUAUAGUUAUUGGUUUGAUUGGUUUUUAACUAAGUUACAUACAAUCUCUUAUGUACUGAUUUGAGACUUACUAACAGUGUUUGGAGGGGGCAUAGAGAUUGAAGAGCCCACAGCUGAGGCAUGUUUCCCUCCAUGCAGACCUCUAACGUUGCCUGAGUACACAGAUGUGCCCUGAUUUCUGGCCCCUUGGUCACCGUACUGUGUCUAAUCAGUGUAAUGGGUUUAUGUCCCCUCCAUGAGCUAAAAACGUUCAUAACAAGAUGAAUUGUAGACAAGUAACAUUGGAUGGUUUUAAAUGUUUGCUUCUUUUUAAACAAAAACUAAAACCCAGAACUGGAUUUUGAGGUGGAUUUUUAAAUAAAAAAACAUUGUUUGCGUU